UCCUAGCAACGGGCAGUAGGGGCUGUUAAGCCGCCUGGACCUGCCACCGCCGCCAAAAUGGAGACGGAUGUGUCCGAUGUCGGCAACCCCUUUUUAGUAGAAGACAACAUGACUCUGGACCCAGACCUGAACGACACUGACAACUAUGGCGUCCCGGACCCCGGGCUGCUCGAAGAACGGGAGCUGUCGUUCUCGAAGCUGGUCCCGAAGCUUUUCAUGAGGAGCACGACCCCCAACGCCCGCGCCCGCCUGCUGUGGCUGCUGCUGCGGAGAAGCCUCCGCAACAUCGUGGAGAAGGAGAAGAGGUCCGAGCUGCGCGUGGCUCGCCUGACGCACGGACUGGAGCCGCUGCGCCGCCUGGAGGUGGUGGCCGGGCUGCGCUCGGUGGCGCUGGACCCCGUGGGGAGACGCUUUGUGGUGCUGGACGGGGCGGGCUGCCUGCACCUGCACCGAGAGGACGGCUGGGCUCUCGGGACGCUGCCGGCGCCCGUGGCACUCACGGGGCUGGUGGCUGUGCUGGGCCCGCUGGGCUCCAUGAGCCGCUUCGUGGGCUGGGGCCCCGCAGGGCUGGCCAUCCUCAAGCCCGACCUCAGCCUGCUGUGGCUGAGUGAGCCCAGAGUGGGUCGGCCGCCCCGCCGCGAGCCCAUCUCCUGCCUGCCGGUGCCGGACCUGGGCCUGCUGCUGGUGGCGGAGGCGGGCGGAGGCCUGGCGCUCUGGAAGUUCCGUUUAGAGGGUCGCUGCCUGUUGCCUUGCGGGCCCUCGCUGCAGCCCCAGUUAAGCUGCGCUGGUGCCCUCACGCGCCUGGCUCUGGGGCCCCUGGCUCCCAACUACGUCCCUCGCUGCUUCGCAGCCUAUGGCUCGGCUGUGCUCACCUUCGAUCUGCGCACCUGGACUGUCACAGACGUGUGCCAGGAUCUCCACAAAACCACCAUCUCUGACCUGGCGUACUGCGGGGAGAUGGAGGCCAUGGUGACAGCUUCCCGAGACAGCACGGUGAAGGUGUGGGGGGCUGACUGGCAGAUCCGGAUGGUGUUCGUGGGCCACACAGGCCCGGUGACAGCUAUGGCCGUGCUCCCCAACACGACCCUGGUGCUGUCCGCCUCUCAGGACGGGACGCUCCGCACGUGGGACCUGCAGGCGGUGGCUCAGGUGGGCGAAGUGAUGCUGAGCUACUGGGGCCAGAGCACGCGGUCCGAGAGCGUGAACCAGCUGCUGGCGCCCGCCCUCCCCGGCUGGCCGGUGCUCUCCGUGCGCGCGGGCAGCGUGGAGCUGUGGUGCCUGCGCGAGCUAUACUCACCGUUGGCGCAGCUCUCCGCACCCAUCCUGCACCUGCAGGUGGCGCCCGAGCUGCCCCUGCCCCCGUACCUGCCCGCUCGCCUCGUGUGCGCCUGCACCGACGGCUCCGUCUACCUGGUGAACCCCGAGACGGGGCGCACAGUGAGCGCGCUGCUGCUGGGGCCUGAGGACUGCGCCGCCGCAGUGGCCUACUGCCUUCCGCGCGAGGUGCUGUGGCUGCUGACGUGCGCCGGGCACCUGGUGCGGGCCAACGCGGCGUGCAGCCCCAUGUGCGUGCUGCUCCGCAAGAGCCCGCUGCCGCUCCCCGCGCCCCGGCCCUGCUGCCUGCACCUCUACAGCCACCUCACGGACCCAAGGAGCGCGUUCUCCACCUGGGAGACGGUGCGCCAGCGCAAAGGUGAGGUGGGCCACAGCGACAUCCGAACCUGGAAGGAGAAGAACAGGAUGUACAUGAAAAGAAAAGAACAGGUAGGUGUCGGAGCCAGUGAGGGCCGGGCGGGCCUGUGGGGCCCGUGCCAACAGGCCGGUGUCGCCUGCAGGUACCUGCCGGUGGUGGGGCACACGGACGGCACCUUGUCGGUGCUCAGCUGGCACACACUGGAGCCCGUCUUCCACACAGAGGCGCACAGCCCGGGCCCGGUCACUGCCAUCGCAUCGACCUGGAACAGCGUCGUGACCUCCGGCGGGGACUUGACGGUGAAGAUGUGGCGUAUGUUCCCCUACUCGGAGGAGAGCCUGAGCCUGCUACGCACCUUCUCCUGCUACCACCCCGCCCUGGCGCUGUGCGCACUCCGGAGGAACAUUAUGGUGGCCUUCGAGGACCCUGACAGCGCCACCUACGGGCUGGUGCAGUUUGGCCUGCACAACAGCCAGCGCUAUGACCACCGGCCCCAGGACGACCACUUGGACCACAUCACUGGCCUGUGCUGCUGCCCCACACUCAAGCUGUACGCCUCCUCCAGCCUGGACUGCACCAUGCGGAUCUGGACCACCGAGAACCGCCUGCUGCGACUCCUGCAGCUGAACGGGGCGCCUCAGGCUCUGACCUUCUCCAGCAACAAUGGAGACCUGGUGCUGGCCCUGGGCUCCCGCCUCUGCCUGGUGCCCCACAGGCUCUACCUGCCCACAGCCUACCUGGUGAAGAAGCUGUGCCAGAAGCCCCCCGAUGGGCUCGAUGACCCGCCGCUGCCGCUGACCACCCAGGAGUCGCUGACUUCGGUCCAGCUGCAGAGGUUGUCCAGCCUGCAUGGGGUGGCCAGCCUCAGUUCAGCCAGCAGGCCUGCUGAGCCAACCCGGAGACUCCCACCCAGCUGCCCUGGCUCAAGGUCUGGCUGUGUGCCCCCAGUGUCCCAGCACGAAGUCCCAGGGCUCCCAGGCCCCUGGGGCCACCUCAAGCCUGUCCCAGCCCUGGCACCCCCCUCCUGUCUCCUGUGCCCCCUCAGGGGCCUGGCCACCCUCCUGGAUGACUGUCCCGGCCUCAGUCCAGUCCCGCUUAGCGUACCUCCUAUCAUCUCUGUCUACAGCUCGGCCUUGUCUUUCUUCCGCCACUGGACGGCAGUACCUCAGCAGCCGGUCUUGAGAGGUGAGGUGUAUCCUGACCCCUCCCCACCCCAAUGCCCAGCCCUGCCCCCUGCCCAGGCUUGGGCCACAUCCCUGGGGCAGGCCUGGGAUCCCUGCGGUUAUCUGGGUAGCACAUGGCAAGACUCCGGGAAGAAUGGGCUGACCUCUGACCCCCUGCCCCAGGACCUGGAACCCUUAUCUGCCCGGGACCAAGACCUUCAACAGCUGAGACGGGGUCAGGUGGUGCCAGCAGCCCGGGCCCCGCUCUCCUGGCAGCAGCAACUGGAGGCCUUUGACAACUACUUGUAUCUGGUCUACGGCCCGGCCCUGCUGGGCAUGCAUCCCAGGACAGAGUCCCAGCAGUGGACCAGCACGGCCAUCACAGUGGAGAAGAAUGGGGAUGUGUCGAGCGUCACCCCCAGUCUGGCGAAGGCUGGGGUCCGCACUGACUCUCCCAAAAUGCUGCCUCCACGGGACCGGGGGGCCCUGAGCCAGCGCUUCGCCCACCCUCCCCGAGUCACCCUGCCCAUCCCACCCACCCACAAGCGGGAACACAGCAGGGCAUCCCAGCUGCUGGCUCACUCCUCCCUGAGCUCCUUCCUGGGCCUCAGCGUGGACCUGCAGAUGCAGUCGGAGCAGCUCCGACAGGAGAGGCCUGCGUCCCCAGAAGCACCGUCUUCCCACCUGAAGCACAGGGUCCCGCUGCUGCUGGAGAGGCGACCCAAAGAGCUCCUGUCCGACCUCGGGGGCUUCUUUCCUGCCUCUGCUCAGCACUACAAGAACCUGCGGAGGCCCAUCCACUUCCCAGGCUGGGUCCCCAACUCCGUGGUGCUGCAGCAGAUGUGGCUGCCCCAGGAGGUCAGCGGCCUGGGGAAUCUCCCUCAGCUGACUGCCCGAGAAUCUUCUAAGUGGCUAGUGGUGCUGUCCCCUCUGCAGCCAGCGGGCAGCCAGGAGGACCUGUGGCUGUUGCGGGGCAGACAGCCCCGCACCAGGAGCCAGAUCCAGUGGUCGGAUGAGGGGGACGAGGACCUGGACCUGGACCUGGACCUGGAGCUGGACUGGACCUUGGACUAUCCCCUCUCGUCUCCGGAGCCCUCCCAGGAACUGCUGGCGUUUGAGAAACCGGCAGUGAUGCAGGGGCGCGCCCCCAGCAGGGCUGCGGUGAGUGGAGCAGAGAGGGAAGCGAGGCUUUCGGUGGUCACCACGACCCUCCACGGCACCACCACCAUCCAGAGAUAUGAGUUCUUGGCCAAGAAACACAUCCGGGAAACCACUGCCAGGACAGAGACCUUUCUCCGCCGCCACCAGCACCGCCUCGGGCACUCGCUCUGGGAACUGCGCUACGGGCACCUGCCCAGGUUCCUGCGUUUCUUUGUCAUCCAGAACUGGUUCAAAAAGCUCUUCCCCAUCCUUCCACCCUGGAGCUCGCUGUCCUUGCAGGCGUACCCCGAGGUGGGCACGGUGGACGGCCUGGCCUCGCGGCUCAUGGACCUGCUGAAGGAGGCCUCCUGGGAGCACCGUGUGCACAUCCUGCGGGCGCUGCUGAGGCUGCUGCCCGAGAUGAACAAAACCCUCUACAAGAAGCUGCAGGAGACCCUCAAGUACCUGCUCAACCUGGACGAGCCCCCCAACCUCCAGGAAAAGACCCAGAGGCAGUUCGUGAUGCUGGCUCUGCAGCUGCAACUGGCCUGCUCCCUGGAAUCCCGAGAGGUGGUGCUGGAGCUCAUGUCCUACCUCCUCUACUCGCCAGCCUCCUGCAGGCCUGAGCUCAAGAAGCUGCUGGAAGGGCUGGGCCUCCAGGACCCGGAGGGCUUCCUGUUCAGGGAGAUGAUGACCUGGGUGCAGGACCUGGACCUGCACUGCAAGGCCGUGCUGCGCAGAUGCUGUUCCCAGAAGCUGGAGGAGAUGACCCACCUCCUGGAGGUGGGAGGCGGGGGACCUGCCAGUGGAACCUCUUGCCUUCGCCCAGGGCUUUCCCCAGGUGCAGGGAGAGCAGGGGAGGCUGGGAGGCCUUGCCUUGCUCUAGAUCAGCGGUUCUCAACCUGUGGGUCGCGACCCCUUUGGCGGUCGAACGACCCUUUCACAGGGUUGAGAACCACUGCUCUAGAUCCACGGCACCUGUCCUCCCAGUCCCGCCUCUCUCGGGAUCUUCCUGCUUCUUCCUGGGAGGGAGUCUGCAGCGGGGUCCAGCUGGGGUCCAGGAGCAGCACCCGAUCCGGCCUCCUGCCCCACCCCCUCCCCCCUCCCCCGCAGGUAGAAGCCUUUCAGCCGUCAGUUGCCAGGUUGUCGGAGGUGCUGCCCAAGGUCUCUGAGACUGUGCUGUCGCCGGGCUCCUCGGGGCCCUCGGUGCACUCCGCACUCUCCACCGUCUCCUGGACACGCUUGCAGCCGGGCUUGCCCAGAGACCUGGGCCCCGUGACCCUGGAUUCCCAGGUCCAGCCGCUGACCUCGCAGUUCCCCGUCCACCACAGCCACCGCACGCUCUCGGAGAGCCUGAUGCCCUUCUCCUCCGUGCCCGACAUCCACGUGCGCUCCUCCGCGCCCGACGCGAUGCCCGACCACCCACUGCCGCUGGAGCAGACAGACUGGUCGCGGUCGAAGAUGCUGGACCUGGGGCCGAUCGACGCACUCAACUUCUUCUGCAAGCAUCGGAGGAGCUGCCUGCAGGAGGCGGCCAGGGACCAGAGGCCGCACCUGCUGCCGCCCAACGCCGUGGUGCCACAGCCCCGCGACCACCUGGCCCACGGGUCGAGUCCGAAACCCAGGCAGGUCCCCCUUGACUGGAAUCGAACCUCGGUCCCUUCAGUCUGCACGCUGACGCUCUAUCCACUGAGCAGCACCAGCCAGGGCUCACACCCACCUUCUUACCACCCUAGGCUUGACCCCAUUCUCAGGCUCCAGGAGAUCAAGCUCCAGGGAUCUGCAAUGAGACUGAGGGGCCAGAUGCUGGCCCGGCACGGUGAGGGCCGCACCCUCGACGGCUCCAUCCGGACGCUGAAGCUGCCGCUGCCUCGGGUGGAGCUGCGGCCUUUCCCCGUGGACUGGCCCAGGCCUGCCCGCCCGCUGCCGCCCCUGCUCCUGCAGCCAGCCCUGCAGCGCUACUUCCUGCCGGACCUUGCAGACCCGGACUUCUACCGCUGACCCGCUGGCGACCUUGGCCGGACCCUGGUCCCAGCCCCCCCUGCCCUCCAGCGGGGGUUCAGGACACAGCUCUCCACCCGCCGUCCACCCCUGGCCAAGACCGGGGAUGGGAAUA